CAUUAAGGUAGGUUUCACGUUCAAAGUAUCAAGGCAGGAAGCGAACUGACUGCAGGGAUGCCAUCGAUCCAGCUACAUUAGAAUCUUGCAUAAAAAUGGAGGAAACGUCCCGGGAUACGUGGUGGUGUAGCUUCCAAGUUUCGGAACCUCCAUUUGAAGUUCGAGUCUCAUGUGAAUGAGUGACGGAAUUGUUGCAAAAACUUACCGGAAAUGAUUCUUUGAACGCCACUUACUUGGGCUUUUACUUUUUUUUUUCACCGCAUCCCCACCAACACCGACUCUGCUGUCCGACUCAGGCAGAGUUGAAUCGUUCGUGUCGUCUGGCCUCGUGCCCUUCCAUCGGUGUCGGCGUACGAUGGCGCGGUGGGACGCUGAGGGCUGCAGCGGGAGACUGUGAUGUCCGAGCCAAACAGCCCGGGUGAGAGCCGGCGUGGCGCUCCCAGAUUCUUCGUGGGUUGCGAAGACGAUGAGAGCGAGGUCUUGGAGGAUAGCAUAAGGACCGAAAUGGAACUGUAUGAGGACGACGAAGACACGGACUCGCCACCAGAGCAACAGAUCGUGGUGGGGAUCUGCUGCAUGAUGAAGAAGUCCAAGUCCAAGCCAAUGACCCAGAUACUGGAGAGACUGUGCAGGUUCGAGUACAUCACCGUGGUCAUCUUUCCGGAGGACGUCAUCCUCAAUGAGCCAGUGGAAAAUUGGCCGCUGUGUGACUGCCUCAUCUCCUUCCACUCCAAAGGAUUUCCACUCGAUAAAGCCGUGAGCUACGCCAAGCUAAGAAACCCUCUACUCAUCAAUGACCUGAACAUGCAGUACUAUAUUCAGGACAGGAGGGAAGUAUAUCGCAUCCUACAGGAAGAGGGAAUAGAUCUGCCACGCUAUGCUGUGCUGAAUCGUGACCCAGAUAAGCCAGAUGAGUGUAACCUGGUUGAAGGAGAAGACCACGUGGAGGUGAACGGAGAGAUAUUCCAGAAGCCUUUCGUCGAGAAGCCCGUCUGUGCCGAGGACCACAAUGUCUACAUCUACUACCCGACGUCUGCCGGUGGCGGCAGCCAACGUCUCUUCAGAAAGAUCGGGAGCAGAAGCAGCGUGUAUUCGCCAGAGAGCAGCGUGAGGAAGACGGGCUCGUACAUCUAUGAAGAGUUUAUGCCGACAGAUGGCACCGAUGUCAAGGUUUACACUGUGGGGCCUGACUACGCUCAUGCCGAAGCCAGAAAGUCUCCUGCUCUGGACGGGAAGGUAGAGCGAGACAGCGAAGGCAAGGAGGUCCGUUACCCCGUCAUGCUGUCAGCCAUGGAGAAACUGGUGGCCCGAAAAGUCUGUUUAGCAUUCAAGCAAACCGUGUGUGGCUUUGACCUCCUUCGAGCCAACGGACACUCCUACGUUUGUGACGUCAACGGUUUCAGCUUUGUCAAGAACUCGAUGAAAUACUACGACGACUGCGCCAAGAUCUUGGGGAAUCUUGUAAUGCGGGAACUGGCCCCUCAGUUUCAGAUUCCCUGGUCAAUCCCCACCGAGGCAGAGGACAUCCCGAUUGUUCCGACCACAUCGGGAACCAUGAUGGAAUUGCGCUGUGUGAUCGCCGUCAUCCGACAUGGCGACAGAACGCCGAAACAGAAGAUGAAAAUGGAAGUCCGCAACCCUUUGUUCUUUGACCUUUUCGAAAAAUAUGGAGGCUACAAAACUGGGAAAUUAAAGCUGAAGAAGCCGAAGCAACUGCAGGAGGUGCUGGACAUCACACGGCAGUUGUUGGCGGAACUGGGUCAGCACAACGACUGUGAGAUCGAGGAGAAGAAGUCCAAACUGGAGCAGCUGAAAACGGUUCUAGAAAUGUACGGGCACUUCUCUGGCAUCAACAGAAAAGUGCAGCUAACCUACUUGCCUUACGGGCAGCCCAAAACCUCCAGCGAAGAAGAAGACACACGUAAGGAAGGUCCGUCUCUGCUGCUGGUGCUAAAAUGGGGAGGAGAACUGACGCCUGCAGGCAGAGUGCAGGCUGAGGAGCUCGGGCGGGCUUUCCGCUGUAUGUACCCUGGAGGACAAGGAGACUACGCCGGUUUUCCUGGAUGCGGAUUACUGCGGUUGCAUAGCACCUAUAGACACGACCUGAAGAUAUAUGCAUCGGACGAAGGCAGGGUGCAGAUGACGGCUGCAGCUUUUGCAAAGGGUUUGUUGGCUUUGGAGGGUGAGCUGACCCCCAUCCUGGUACAAAUGGUCAAGAGUGCGAACAUGAACGGACUGCUGGAUAGCGACAGCGACUCGCUGAGUGGCUGUCAGCAUCGCGUCAAAGCCAGACUUCAUGAGAUUCUACAGAAGGACAGGGACUUUCUGGAUGAAGACUACGACAGGCUGGCCCCAACAUGUAGUGCGUCUUUAGUGAACUCCAUGAAAAUAGUGCAGAACCCGGUGGCAACAUGUGACCAGGUUUACGCCCUCAUUCAAAGUCUCACCGCGCAGAUCCGCAAAAGAAUGGAAGAUCCCAAGUCAGCCGACCUGCAACUGUACCACAGUGAGACACUGGAACUGAUGCUGCAGCGCUGGUCCAAACUUGAGAGAGACUUCCGCAUGAAGAACGGUCGCUACGACAUCAGCAAAAUACCCGACAUUUACGACUGCGUGAAAUACGACGUCAUUCAUAAUGCCACUCUGGGCUUGGAGGACACGUUGGAGCUCUUCAGACUUUCUCGUGCCUUGGCUGACAUUGUCAUUCCACAGGAAUACGGCAUCAACAAAGCUGAGAAACUGGACAUUGCAUAUGCCUACUGUCUCCCACUGGUCCGAAAGAUCCAGCUUGACCUUCAGAGGACUCACGAGGAUGAGUCCGUCAACAAGCUGCACCCUCUAUAUUCCCGUGGAGUCAUGUCGCCGGGACGCCAUGUCAGGACACGUCUAUAUUUCACCAGCGAGAGUCACGUACACUCGCUGCUGAGUAUUUUCCGCUAUGGCGGUUUGCUCGAUGAAGAGAAGGAUCAACAAUGGAAUCGUGCCAUGGAUUACCUGAGCGCCGUCUCGGAACUCAACUACAUGACUCAGAUUGUCAUCAUGCUGUAUGAAGACAACAAUAAGGACCUCACCUCAGAGGAACGCUUCCACGUGGAGCUUCACUUCAGCCCGGGAGUCAAAGGUGUUGAAGAAGAGGAAAAUGCGCCAACCGGCUUCGGCUUCAGGCCGGCCUCUGCGGAGGUCGCGCGACAGAAUGGGCAAAAGCAGACUGACCCUGGGAGCCUGGAGGACCUCUCACGUGAUGAGACGGACAGAGCCGUGCCGCUGUCUGAGCCAAUCACCAUCCAGAGAAGAUCGCCACUUAUACGCAACCAUAAGACUGGAUCUAUGGAGGUUCUGUCCGAGACUUCAUCCUCGAAAGUGGGGAGUUAUCGCCUCUUCUCCUUCUGUUCUCGUCAAUCUCCUGACAUCAAACAAAGUGGGCUAGGCUCUCAGUGUGCCGGGCUGUUCAGCACCACUGUCCUAGGUGGGUCCUCUAGCGCACCUAACCUGCAGGACUACGCACGCGCGCACCGCAAAAAAUUCUCCACCAGCAGUCUGUCCUACAAAGACGAAUUGUUGUCUAUGCCGGCAGUAAAGCGAUUUUCUGUGUCGUUUGCAAAGCAUCCGACUAAUGACCCAUUGGAGGAGUGCCACGUGGCCCAGUUGUUGAGGCGUUUCUCCACAGACCCCAGUCUGUGCCGCCAUCUUUCUUUGGACGGUGCACUCACCCACCAUCUCCACCAGUGCUCCUACCACCUCCGCCUCUUCCGAAACUGGCUUAUCUCCGGCCAGGACCCCCUAGAGUACCUCCAUGGUUUUGAAGGAUGCUCCAUGGUGCCCUCCAUCUACCCUCUGGAAACGCUGCACAACUCGCUGUCACUCAAACAGGUCAACGAGUUCCUCACAAGCGUGUGCGAGAGCGCCGGGGAUCCUCACACCAGGACGACCAGAGCUCUGUCGGCCAUGUUUGGCGCGCACAACCACCCGUCGGGGGACUCGUACAUCCCGCACAGAGUCCUCUCCUCGUCCAUGUCGCUUCGAUCUCGUUCAGAUAAACCUCCGUGGUACAGCAGCGGUCCAUCCAGUACGGUAUCCAGCGCCGGCCCGUCGUCUCCCACGACAGCCGACACGUCCCCACGUUUCAGUUUCAGUGACAAGAUCUCCCUGACUCCUCAAAGUAGCGAGGAAACCCAUUCCUCUCAAAACGUCCCAUCCCAAGCCGCUCCACCGAUAGCAUCCCAAGCUCCGGAUGCUAAUUUCCUCUGCGUGUCGUACCCUUCUGAAGCACCUCAGACGCCAAAUACCUCACCCCAGGACGGCGGCGGCGGGGGCGAUGAAUGCGGUAGCGCCGACGUUCAACUCCAACAAUCCGAUCCGGAAGCUGCGGAUCUUUCCGGCUGCGGCAUUUUAGACGCGGCUUUGAGGCCGCCCUGCUCCGCUUUGACCGAGCUGUCUCUCGGUCGGAUGGAAGGUUACUGCCUCCCGAGCUCACUUCCUGUGUUGCUGGAGCUCAGGGAGAGCAGCAGCGAAGCCGGGUCCAGCUCCCAGACCCCCGUGUCCCCUGAAGGACCGGACGAGUUCUUUGACACUCAGGAGUCGUUGGAUUUGUGGCUCGACAGUCCCGAGAGCCUCCCGGAAUCGGAGACGCCUCUUGAGGUGAGCGCGGAUCCUCCGGAAGAGCCGUGAGGUCUAACGGGUGGACGGGGCGGAUCAGGAACCACCACCGAGGGGGGGGGGGGGGCGUUUUGAUAAUCAGCUUGGGUACUGAGAUUAAUGUCGCUUACUGGGACGUAUUGGUUUCAAAACUGCGGUUGCCGUUGCGUGGACGUUGGCCAGCGACUUAAGGCCAACGGGCAAAAUUCAAACGGGUGCGUUUUGUUCCUCGUCCUAAAAAAGGAUGAAACAUCAGACAAAACGGUUCUAUGGACUUACCAAGUACCGGUUCCUUUCCUGUUGCCCCCCCCACAGACCUGCCGACACGUAAUACUGCGUCUUCGCUCUCUUAAGGUACGCAACUUAAGGUGCGCAUCUCGAAUAAUCCUCAAGCGACCUGUACGACCUUCUCCGCUUUUUCCGGAUCUUCUGCCUGUUGUCCUGCACGGAAUAGCUGCAGCUGCAGUGUUCCCGUAGUCGGCUUAAUACGGGAAGCUAACAAGCUAAAUAGUCCAUGACAGUUUUGGUUGAAAGCUUAUUUAUUAUUAUAAUAAAAAAAAUAUUUUAAACAUCUUUAACAAGAAAAAGCUGAAAUGUUAACUAUUAUAUAUAUAUAUAUAUAUAUAUAUAUAUAUAUAUGUAUUUAUUUGAAAUGUUAACUAUUACUUUAAAUAUGUAUGACUAUUUUAUAAAACCUAUUUGUCAAAAAAUAUGCAAAAGUUAUGUAUUCUUUAGUAUACAUGAAGUAUUUUUUCAAUUAUAAAAAUAGGUAAAUGAAAUAAAAUACAAAUAUAUGGCAUUUAUUUUAAAAAGCAAAACUAACAUUUUAACAAGAAAAAGCUGAAAUGUUAAAUAAUAACUAUUACUUUAAAUAUGUAUGACUAUUUUAUAAAAGUAGAUAUUGCCUUUUUAAUAUACAUGAAGUAUUCCCGAUUAUAAAAAAAAUAGGUAAAUGAAAUAAAAUACAAAUAUAUGGCAUUUAUUUUAAAAAGCAAAACUAACAUUUUAACAAGAAAAAGCUGAAAUGUUAACUAUUAACUAUUACUUUAAAUAUGUAGGACUAUUUUAUAAAAGUCGAUAUUGCCUAUUUGUCAAAAAAAAUGCAAAAGUUAUGUAUUUUUUUGUAUACAUGAAGUAUUCCUGAUUAUAAAAAUAGGUAAAUGAAAUAAAAUACAAAUAUAUGGCAUUUAUUUUAAAAAGCAAAACUAACAUUUUAACAAGAAUUAGCUGAAAUGUUAACUAUUAACUAUUACUUUAAAUAUGUAUGACUAUUUUAUAAAAGUAGAUAUUGCCUAUUUGUCCAAAAAAAAUGCAAAAGUUAUGUAUUUUUUGUAUACAUGAAGUAUUCCUGAUUAUAAAAAUAGGUAAAUGAAAUAAAAUACAAAUAUAUGGCAUUUAUUUUAAAAAGCAAAACUAACAUUUUAACAAGAAAAAGCUGAAUAUGUAUGACUAUUUUAUAAAAGUAGAUAUUGCCAAACUUAUUUUUGUCAAAAAAAAAUGCAAAAGUUAUGUAUUUUUUUUGUAUACAUGAAGUAUUCCCGAUUAUAAAAAUGGGUAAAUAAAAUAAAAUACAAAUAUACGACAUUUAGGAAACCUAUUCAUACAUAUUGGGAUCAUACGUAGUAUUCUACACUACUUUACUCGAUGUCGGUAACGUUACUGUAAUAUUUGGUGAGACACACAAGCACCAGAUCCCGAUCGCAGAAACAACGGGCUUUUAUUGCAGCUUUCAAUGACGUCGCAACAGGCACAAGAACCCGGGGGCGUCAUUUCUUGUCCGCCCCACACCACUCCCCCCCCCCUCAUAGUCUUAUUUAUGUGUUAAAUUGCUUAUUUUUUCUUAUUAUGUCUUAUAUUGGGGUAACAGUAGGGGUGUUAGUUCAUGUCCAACGGACUCUAAUUAAGGUUUCAAGGUUAUAAACAGGUUUUAUGUGUGAGAUUUUUGGCAGGUCUGUGCAUGUCGACAUCGACUUUUUUUUUUUUUUCGGAGGGUGGACCCCGGGGACUUGAUGAGUCGGUCCACGGGUCGAUGUCAUAAAGGGGUUGUUCCGCCGUACUUGAGCAAAUGUAAGCUGGUUUAAAUGCUUGGCUUUGAACUCUGCAAUCAAACCCGUUGACGACUAUACUAUAUAUGUCGUUAACGUUGAUUGGAUAGGCGGAUUAAUUAUUCCAGCACAUUGGGAAUCACGGAAGAGUGAUCAUGGGAAGAGUCUGAGCUUUUGCAAAAAAAGAGUGUGUGCUGUUACUUGAUGAUGAUGAUGAUGAUGCUAGCGCUAGCCAAACUGCCAAAGGUGAGAUUUGACGGUGAAAUAUUUAUUUUGACGUCAUAUAUUUUCAAUAGAACUGUAUCACCGUACGCUUUUGUGCCAUUGUAUUUUUCUAAGCCGGAAUGUAGCAGCUGAUG